AUGAUGUCCGCUCGUGUCGCCCGCUCCGGCCUGCGUGCCGCCCAGCAGUUCUCCGCUCCUCGCGCCGCCGUUAACAGCCUGCGCACCUAUGCCACCCCGGCCCAGGAUGUCAACCCCCCCCGUCGCUCUGUUCGGCGUUUCUGGCACCUACGCCUCUGCUCUGGUAUGCCUUCGACUCCCCUACGUGAUCCGAUUCUCGUGAUGGCAUUUUUCCUCGCGACUCCGUGUUAUCCCGACACCCCUCCUGUCUGCAUCUGCAUCCCCUCUCUUUCGAGAUUGAGAUUCAAGGCCGGAUCCGAGUUCCGCAACACGACGUCCACCCCAACACAAAGACAUGGAUAUUACACUGCUUCCUCCAAGACCUCCGCCCUCGACCAGACCGCCAAGGCCGUCGCCGCCCUCGGCCAGACCCUGAAGGCCGACCCCAAGCUGGGUACCAUCCUCGGUGCCCCCACCCUCACCCACGCCGACAAGCUCCAGAUCGUCGCUGAGCUCCAGAAGGUCGCCGGUGCCGACAAGGGUGACAUCCUGAAGAACUUCCUCCUCACCCUGGCCGAGAACAACCGUCUCGGAUCCCUGGAGACCGUCUGCGAGAAGUUCGCUACUCUCAUGAGCGCUCACCGCGGUGAGAUCGAGCUGAAUAUCACCUCCGCCCAGGAGCUCGACGCCAAGACCAUCUCCCGUCUCGAGAAGGCCGUUGCCAAGUCCGAGUACAGCCAGGGCAAGAAGCUCAAGAUUGUCACUGCCGUUAACCCCGACCUUGUCGGUGGACUCGUCGUUGAUAUCGGUGGCCGCACCAUUGACCUGAGCGUCUCCGCUAAGAUCGCCAAGAUGAACAAGGCUCUGACCGAUGCUUUGUAA